CCCGGAGAAGAUGUUUUGAAACGGAUGUGGUAUGCUUUGAAAUAUGAUGUGAAACGAUGGAAAAGGCGCUGGAAAGAGGCCACAAUGGAUCCGUAUCAGAGGAAUAAUCCCGUUGCACACAUUAAGCGACACGCGAUGGAUUUUGAGUUGUUUCCGUUCGAAACUCAAGUAUUAAUCAUAGGAGGCGGCUUGAUAGGAUCGUCCGUUGCAUACUGGUUAAAACAAGCAUUUCGUGAUGAAGACUACAAGGUGGUAGUUGUGGAGAAUAACGACAAGUUUGCGCAGUGUGCUUCGAUGUUAACAUGUGGUGGUAUUUCACAGCAGUUUUCAGUCCCAGAACAUGUUAUGAUGUCAGCUUUCGCAGCCGAAUAUCUUCGCCAUGCUGGCCAGCAUUUGCGCAUUUUAGACAACGACCCUCCUGAUGUGCAUUUUUUGCCAAUGGGUUUCAUGUAUUUGGCUCGCACACCCGAAGAAGUGGAUCGACUGAAGCGGAAUUGGAAAGUGCAAACAAGAAAUGGUGCCCGAAUUGAUUUGUUAAACCGUAGUCAGUUAUGUGCGAAGUUUCCCUUCAUCAAUUUUGAUGAUGUAUUGCUCGGUUCAUAUGGUUUGGAAAAUGAAGGUACAGUCGACUCAUGGCAGUUGUUAUCAGCUCUACGGGAAAAGAACCUAACUUUGGGUGUGCAGUAUCUUAAAGGCGAAGUAGAAGGUUUUUAUUUUGGCCAAAAAUAUGGUACUACAGAAAUACAUGGUAUGGCAGAUGAGGCCGAUGAAGCAGUUUGGCGUUAUAAGCACAUUUACGGAGCUUAUGUUCGCCCGCAAAUGACAGAUGCUUCUGCAAGAAUCAUACGAUCUAAUCAUAUUGUUGUUGCUGCUGGUGCUUGGUCUGGUCGCAUUGCCGAAAUGGCAAGAAUUGGGAAGGGGCAAGAUUUGUUGGCUGUCAAGAUACCAGUUGUUGCACGGAAGCGUAUGAUGUUUGUUGUACAUGUACCUGAUGUUCCCGCUUUGGAUAUGCCAGCUCUUGUCGAUCCCAGUGGUGUUUAUUGUUUGUUAGAAGAAGUUGGUCAUACAUUCAUCUGUGGAAAAAUCCCGAAUAAGGAAGAAGAUGAAAAAAUUGAUCACUCGAAUCUGGAAGUGGAUUACAACUACUUUUAUAAUGAUAUUUGGCCAGUUUUAGUUAAACGGGUUCCAGCAUUUAGAAAUUUAAAAAUUAAAAACGCUUGGGCAGGUUAUGAAGAUGUGAAUACAUUCGACAACUCACCAGUUAUUGGAGAGCAUUUACUUUAUCAAAAUCUGCAUUUCCUAUGCGGAUUUGGAAAUCGCGGAAUGCAGCAUGCCUUAGCUGUUGGACGAAGUUAUGCUGAAAAAUUACUGGAAGGCGCAUAUUUGUCAUUAAAUUUGCGGAAAUUUGAUAUGAGACGACUGGUAAAGAUGGAGAAAUUAAACGAAGAGUAUGGUUGAUUGAAACGAUAUUGUGUUGUGCGGCAAUGUAAUUGUCAUUCUAUCUUUUUGCUUGUAUUUAUCUUCAUAUUGUUAAUUUUUCUUUUUUUCUUUUUGUAAUCGAUAGUUACAAAUAGCCAAAUAAACUUAAUAAUUAGACAUUUAUUUCAUAAAACUUCUG